AUGGUCAAGCAUCUUAGUGUGGAAUGUUUAUUGCGAACGGAUUAUAUCGACAAAUAUCAAAUGAAUAUUGAUGCGGUAAUUGAUCCGGUUUGUCUUAUUAAUUCUGUUAUUAUUUCUCCAUAUGAAGAAUAUUCACCUAAUGCAUCAGCUGGGAUCUCAAAAGCAAGUGUGAUUUUCAAACCAUCGUUCAAUUUAAAACAGCAAAUUCCACUGUUAAUGGUUAGUGCUUUGAUCAAUGUACAUCAUCAUACAAUCACAAUCCCUUUGUACAACCCGUCACCAUAUCCACAAUAUUUAUCAAAAGGAAUUAUUUUGGGAACUAUUCGGCUAUCAACAGAUGAUCUUGAUUUUUCUACAACACCAGUAAUCAAUCAUAAUGAACAACAACUUGCAGAAAAUUAA